ACCGGCCAUUUUUCUCCGUUUAUAACAGGGCACUGUGCUUGGGUAAUGUAAGCGAUAGUGGUGCGAUUACUUUUGUACGCAGACAAGUUUUUGUAAGUUUAAUUUAGUUAUCCAAGCGUUUAAAGUUGCAACAAACAGGACACGAGCCAUGUUUGCGUUUACCGCUGCAAAGUUUUCUCGCUGACAUUACUUGUCUGGAUAGAUGCGUGUCUAAACUAUCGCACAAAUGGAAAUGGUGCCUAGCGAGGAGAACCAGUUCGUACCCAAGGAGGCUGUGUUUUGGAGCUGCAGACAGAGUAUUUUUGAUGAGAUGAAGAGACUUUCUCAGAUCCAAAAUGCAGCUGAGGAGCCCAGGGUACUGUGCAUUAUUCAGGACAUCACCAGUGCAAAGACAGUCAACGAGAGGCUGACCCUCAACCUGCCCGCUUCCACCACCCUCUCCAAACUCUAUGAAGAUGUUGCCCACAAAGCAGGAUAUUUAAAAGGCACUUUUGCUCUUGCCUGGGGCAAUACACCAGACAUGACGCCCCUGGAUCACCACAGUGAGAUGUCCCUCUCAGAGUCUGCGUUUGAGCCUGGCGGUAAGAGGAAUUUUCUCCAGCUGACGGACAAGGACGGAGAGCAACCCCAGAUUGUGUCGGAUGAGUCAGGAACAGCAGAUAGCAGUGGCCUGGAUGACAGUACCCAGGAGCGGUUUAUUGGGCCUCUACCGAGAGACGGCAGCGUCGGUUGCAGCGGUGACUACAGCAGUCCAUCUUACUCCUACUCGUCCAUCCUCACCAAAUCUGAGACAGGGUAUGUGGGCUUGGUCAACCAAGCUAUGACCUGCUACUUGAACAGUCUUCUACAAACGCUGUUUAUGACCCCGGAGUUCAGGAAUGCACUCUACAACUGGGAGUUCGAGGAAUCAGAGGAGGAUCCAGUCACAAGUAUCCCCUACCAGCUGCAAAGGCUGUUUGUCCUGCUGCAGACCAGUAGGAAACGUGCAAUUGAGACCACUGAUGUGACACGGAGCUUUGGCUGGGACAGCAGUGAGGCUUGGCAGCAGCAUGAUAUCCAGGAGCUUUGCAGGGUCAUGUUUGAUGCCCUGGAGCAGAAGUGGAAACAGACAGAGCAGGCUGACCUGAUCAACCAGCUGUACCAGGGAAAGCUGAAGGAUUAUGUCCGAUGUCUGGAGUGUGGCUAUGAGAGCUGGAGGAUUGAUACUUACCUAGAUAUUCCUCUUGUGAUCAGACCCUUUGGAUCCAGCCAAGCCUAUGGCAGUGUGGAGGAGGCUUUGCAAGCAUUCAUCCAACCAGAAACUCUGGAUGGGCCCAACCAGUACUUCUGUGAACGUUGCAAAAAGAAAUGUGAUGCCCGCAAGGGUCUGAGGUUUCUGCACUUUCCCUACCUGCUGACUCUACAACUUAAGAGAUUUGACUUUGACUACACCACUAUGCACCGUAUCAAGCUUAAUGACCGCAUGACUUUCCCUGAGGAGCUUGACAUGAGUCCAUUUAUUGAUGUGGAAGAUGAGAAGUCGCCUCAGACAGAGAGCUGCACCGACAGCGGAGCAGAGAAUGAAGGCAGUUGUCACAGCGACCAGAUGAGCAAUGAUUUUUCCACUGAUGAUUGUGUUGAUGAGGGUAUCUGCUUGGACAGCACCACCAGCUCAGAGAGGAUAUUGAAGCCAAAGAGUUUGCUGACCUUUGAACUGUUCUCCAUCAUGGUUCAUUCUGGGAGCGCUGCGGGUGGCCACUACUAUGCCUGCAUUAAAUCCUUCAGUGAUGGCCAGUGGUACAGUUUCAAUGAUCAGCACGUCAGCAAGAUCACCCAGGAUGAUAUCAGGAAGACGUAUGGGGGCUCCUCAGGGAGCAGAGGCUAUUAUUCCAGUGCCUUUGCGAGCUCUACAAAUGCAUAUAUGCUGAUUUAUAGGCUGAAAGACCCCUCAAGGAAUGCAAAGUGUUUGUCUGUUGAAGACUUUCCAGAGCACAUCAAGAACUUAGUUCAGAAGGAGAAAGAGUUUGAAGAGCAAGAAAAGAGGCAGCGGGAGAUUGAGCGCAACACCUGUAAGAUCAAGCUUUUCUGCAUGCAUCCUGCAAAGAUGAUGAUGGAAAGCAAGCUGGAGGUGCAUAAGGACAAAACUCUAAAAGAAGCAACAGAGAUGGCCUACAAGCUGAUGGAGCUGGAGGGAGUCGUCCCUCUGGAUUGCUGUCGCUUGGUUAAGUACGAUGAGUUCCAUGAAUACCUGGAGCGUUCCUACGAAGGGGAGGAGGACACACCGAUGGGCCUCCUGCUGGGUGGAGUCAAGUCAUCAUACAUGUUUGACUUACUGCUCGAGACUCGACAGCCAGAUCAAGUGUUCCAGCCCUAUAAACCUGGAGAGGUGAUGGUAAAGGUCCAUGUUGUGGAUCUGAAGAAUGAGACCAUUGCCACUCCAGUCAGUGUUCGGGCAUAUUUGAACCAGACUGUCACUGAAUUCAAACAACUCAUUUCACAGGCUACAGGUCUUUCUGCAGAAACCAUGCGUGUGGUCCUGGAGCGAUGCUAUAAUGACCUCCGGCUCCUUUACGUUCCAAACAAGACACUGAAAGCUGAAGGAUUCUUCAGGAGUAACAAGGUUUUUGUAGAGAGCUCAAGUUCAGCAGAUCAUCAGGUUGCUUUCACCGACUCACUGUUGUGGAAACUGUUGGAUCGUCAUGGGAAUACGAUCCGACUCUUGGUUUUAUUGCCCGACCAAUCUCCUGGCACAUUGGCCAACAGAACUCUUUGUCAAAAAGUAGGAGGUGACUCUGAUGUGGCCUUUGACGGGUCAAAGGUUAACCAGCAAUCUGUAGAGGCGAUUCUUGAGGAGAGCACAGAAAAGUUAAAGAAUCUGUCUCUGCAGCAGCAGCACCAGGGCUCCAGCACUAGUGACAGCCAGAAAAGCUCCGACGCAAGCGACUUUGAGCAUAUAGAGUCUCCAAGCCAAGAGGCCGACUCCAGUUCUUCGAUAUGUGUGCCUGCAGACAACAGAGAGCUAGAGAACCGGAUCCGUGCCACAGCUGCGAGCAGUGGCGGCGCCUCCUCUGACCCUGACAACCAGUUCGCCUGCGAGGAGCGCUCAGACUCUGAGGUGAACAACGACCGAAGCACCAGCUCAGUGGACAGCGACAUCCUGAGCUCCAGCCACAGCAGCGACACGCUGUGCAAUGCCGACAGUGGGCCCAUACAGCUGGCCAAUGGCCUGGACUCGCACAGCAUCACAAGCAGCCGACGCUCCAAAGCCCAUGAGGGCAAAAAGGAGACCUGGGACACUGCUGAAGAAGACUCUGGGACCGACAGCGAGUUUGACGACAAUGGCAAGAGCAAGGCAGAGGCUCAGUACCUUUACUUCAGAGCAGAGCCUUCUUCGCAGGAUGACUCUCCUGGCAGGGAUGCACAAAAAUGUUUAGUGGUUCAUGUGGACAAGAGAAUAACAUUAGCAGCAUUUAAGCUGAACUUGGAACCCUACGUAGGCGUCACCUCAACCCAGUUCAAGGUGUUUCGGGUCUAUGUCAACAACCAGGAGUUUGAGAGUGUGCGACUGAAUGAAACACUCUCAUCGUUCUCGGAUGAUAACAAGAUAACUAUUCGACUAGGAAGGGCACUGAAAAAAGGCGAAUACAGAGUUAAAGUAUAUCAACUACUAGUGAAUGAACCAGAGCCUUGCAAGUUCCUUGUGGACACGGUGUUUGCCAAGGGCAUGACUGUUAGACAGUCCAAAGAGGAGCUGCUUCCUCUGCUGAAAGAGCAGUGCAAGCUUGACCUUAGCAUCGACAGGGUUCGUCUCAGGAAAAAGACGUGGAAGAACCCAGCGACAGUGUUUCUGGACUACCAUGUCUACGAAGAAGACAUCAGCAUUUCCUCUAACUGGGAGGUUUUCUUGGAAGUCCUUAGUGAACCAGAGAAGAUGAAGUCCACGUCACAGCUGGCGGUUCUGACCCGGAGAUGGAACCCUGCUACAAUGACGCUGGGUCCGUUCCAGGAAGUGAUUCUGGAGAGUAGCAGUGUAGAAGAACUUAAAGAAAAGCUUAGUGAAAUAAGUAAUAUUCCUCUAGAAAACCUGGACUUUGCCAAGGGUAGAGGAACAUUUCCUUGUGACAUUUCUGUGUUAGAGAUUCAUCAGGAUUUGGACUGGAAUCCUAAGGUUUCAACACUUAAAGUGUGGCCUCUGUACAUCUGUGAUGAUGGAGCUGUGGUCUUCUAUAGGGACAGCACAGAAGACCCUAUGGAGUUGACUGAAGAGGAGCGCAAUGAGCUGAUGAAGAAGGAGAGCAGCCGCCUGCUUAAAACUGGACACCGUGUCAGCUACUCGCCACGCAAGGAGAAAGCCCUCAAGAUCUACCUGGACGGAGGCCCUGCCAAGGACUGGGGGCUGGACUGAGACACAGAGAACCACUCCUGGUUAUUUGGAUUGUCUGGCUGCUGUAGAAAAGCAACCAGGCUUCAGGACUUGGCGUCGAGCCUGAUAGUCACUUGAUCAAGCAGCGUUGUGAGGCUGACGUGCUCUUACCUUCCUCUCUUCCAGUCCCACGUCUGGCUCAGAAAUCCUACCCUGCACUAUAGUGUAUUGUACUGUAAAGUUUAAAGGGAAGUACACAAGCUAUUCAAUACACACAAGAAUAAGUCAAAAAGAUCCACAGCUGGAUGCAGAGAGGUUAGGACGGUGAACUGUCCAUCCUGUCUAUUGAAGUCUGCCGCCUCCUUUUACAUGACUUCCUUUCACACUCCUUCCUGUCACUGCGUGUUUCUCUUCUUGUUUCGGACAUAGUUUGUUCUGACUGAUCUGUGACCAUCUUGUAAGACUGUAACCUCACACCUUUCAAGCACUGCUCUCUUAGAGGAACAUUUUUAUAUUACCCUACUCACCUUUCUUCAGAUACUUUUAAACAGCAUAAAAGAACUUCUUAUCCAGCCUUCCUCAUUCUCACCUUCUGGUGAGACCUGUACGUCUCUGUGACUUUGAAAAGCUGAAAAUCAUUUCUUUCACAGGAUCUGAUUAAUGAAAAGCAACAAUUGCGAAAUUGUAAACUGGAGGUUGAGUCCUCUCCUCCAACUCACCUGUAUCGCCAGAUUAACGUGUUGUUAUGCGUUACUGCUGCUGUUUGUGCUUUAUAGGAGCUUUGUUCCUUUUUUAAUGCAAAGUACAAGAAGGCAAACCAAAGUAGGCUGUGUUGAGGGUCUCUUGUGUUCUUGUUUGUUGUAAAUUAUUUUCUUCCAGGGUUUGAUCAUUUAAUUAGGUCUCAUGAGGCACCAGCCACACAUCAGCUGUCUGUAUUAACCUUUAAUUUAGAAAGUGCAUUGUUUUUUGUCUGUUUCUUGCACCAUUUGAACUUGGCGUACAUCUCUGAUGUCAUCCGUGUGUUCCGUGUGGCGUUGUACGGAGGGGGAGCUCUCUGGGUUGGAGGCAGGAGAGGAAGCGCGAGGUUGGUGUUAGCGCUUCUACCUGCUGCUGCUUGAUAGACUGACACCGGGGGGAGAAAGCCCACUGCCUGGGCAACGGCAACGGCUCUGAGGACUAAGGCUCAGCGUCAUGGCCCCUGUGGACUCGCGAUGCUGUCACCAGCGAUUCACUGUAGAAAUGCCAAUAUCUAAAGAAAUUCUUUUUGUUGUUGUCGUUGUUGAUGUUUAUUUCUUUGAGAUGUAAAUCCUGUGUGGAAAAAUAGUUUAUGAUUUUAGAAAUUAAUUAAAUGCUUUUUUCAAAACUG